AUGGAAAGACAGCAUUACUCGAGGAAACUUGAAGCUCAGUUGACCGAAGACAUUGCAGCGCUCACGACCAGCUGGACGUCUCUGGUGGUUGAGAUGGCUACGCGGCUGCUCGGGCCAAACGGGUUCGAGGACUUUGACUUCACCAAGGGCAACAACUCGGAGGAAGAGGACGCCGUGUUCAAUAAAAUCACAGACGAGCUGGUCAAGAAGUUGAUGAAUAUUGUGCUUCCGGGUUGGCGGAAGCAAGCUGAACUGAAGGAAGAGAAGGACAAGCAUGGCGACGCCGACCACAACAACGACAAGAAAGAAGACGCCGACAACAACAACAACAACAACAACAACAACAACAACGUCAACGAGGGCAACGGUGACGAGAACGGGGGCGGCAACAACAAGGAGGCGGGAGCGCGAAACGUUGAGACGUCUGAAUUGUAG